AUGGGUAAGGCAGAAGCAGGGUCCACAAAGGCCGCAGCGAACGCUAUCAAGGCGAAAGGACUCGGGAGAUUGAGGUGGUAUUGUCAAGUAUGCGAGAAACAAUGUCGAGACGAGAACGGAUUCCAGGCCCACUGCCGCGCCGAAUCCCACCUCCGUAAAAUCCUCCUCCUCGGCCCCAAAGCCGGAUCAGCCAUAUCCGACUUUUCCUCCCAAUUCCAAUCGGAAUUCAUGACCCUCCUUCGCACGCGCCACCUUACGAACCGCGUCCAGGCGAACAAGGUCUAUAAUGAGUAUAUCCAGGAUAAGCACCAUGUGCACAUGAACUCGACGCGGUGGGUCACGCUCGCGGGGUUUGUGGCGACGAUUGGGAAGGCGGGGCUGGUUAGGGUCGAAGAGGACGAGAAGGGGUUGUGGAUUAGUUGGGUGGAUAAUAGGCCGGAGACACUGUCGAAGCAGGCGGCCCUACAAAAACGCGACCGAGCAACAAUGGACGGCGAAGAGCGCGAACGCCACUCUCUAGCCGAACAGAUCGAGCGCGCCAAGGCGCAAGAAGCCGUCAGGCUCGCAGAGGCCGCCAAGAUGGAUGCCGACCUCGUCAAGAAGGAAGGGGAGAAGAUUACCCUGUCGUUUGCUCCUAUUGGCGUAAAGAGCGAGGCGGGGGCUGGGGCUGGGCCAUCGGUCAAGGCGGAAUCCAGGGAGGAGGUAGCUUCGGCAGGAGCAGCUGCGGGACCAUCCACAUCGACAUCCCUAUCAUUCGGAGGCGCUCGGCCUGGCUUCGGUACCGGCGCAGACAUAAAGCCGCUGUCGAUAGCCAACCCCCUCAAACGCCCUGCACCGGUCAACGUCUUCAAGGCGGCCAAGGUGGCCAAAGUCAAGGCGGAAGCGGAAGAUGGUGACCGGGAUCGGGAUCGGGAUGGGUCCUACACGAGUGAGGCGGAGAGGUUGAUGCGGGAGGAUCAGGCGCGGAAGGGGGGUCGAGGCGGGAACGGUAGUGGGGGAGGGGGAUAUGGAGGCAUUGGCCCGGUGAGGACGAGCAAACCGAAUCUCGGUCGAACGUACUAG